AUGCCUCCAUCAGUCUCGCCCUGGGUGGUCUUCACACUGCUGUGGCUGACUCCACCGGUUGUGACUCCUGUCAGUAGACAAUAUGAAACUGCACCCAAAUCUGUGAUUUCUCUUGAGCCUCCAUGGACCACUUUCUUUCAAGGAGAGACAGUGACUCUGACUUGCUAUGGAUUUGGCUUCAACUUACCCCAGAAAACAAAAUGGUACUGGAAUAGCAAAAUAGUAGAAGAAAUCCAAGGACACACCUUCAAAGUCCGCGUGUCUGGAGUGCACCAAUGCCAAGCCGACAACUUACAUCUAAGCAUCCCUGUGCACUUGCACUUUUCCAAAGAUCCAUUGGUGCUUCGAGGCCCACCUGCUGUGUUUGAGGGAGACUCUGUGGUUCUGAGGUGCGAUGCAAAGAAAAGUACAUCACGAAAGAGCCUGACAUUUUACAAGAAUGCAGUCCCUCUGCAAUCAUCUGGUCGAAGUUCUGAGCUCGUUAUUCAGCACGCAGAUCAGAGGGCCAACGGUCAAUACCACUGCACUAAGGAGGGGUUUUGGUCCAAAAUUUCUUCCAAUACAGUCAGAGUCCAAGUCCAAGAAUUAUUCCCACGUCCUGUGCUGAUGGUCAGACCCUCUGAACUCACAGAUGGAAGCCCGGUGACACUGACCUGUUGGACUCAGCUCCCCGCACAGAGGUCAAAUGUCCAGCUCCGGUUCUGUUUCUUCAGAAACCUCAAGGCUCUGGGGUCAGGCUGCCGCAGCUCCUUGGAGUUCCAUAUCCCUGCCAUAUGGACUGAAGAUGCAGUGUGGUACCAGUGCACUGCAGAAACAACGGAUGCCCAAGUAAGCAAACGAAGCCUGCCAAUCAGAAUUACUGUGCAGAGAGCUUUUGCAGACUUCCAAAUACGCAUCAUCCCAGCCUCAAGGUUAGUGUUUGAAGGGCAGUUGUUGUUAUUCAACUGCUCAGUAAAAGGGGUCCCGGGGCCCAUCACACUUUCCUGGUACAAAAGAGACAAACUGAAUAAGGAAACAAAGAUCACUAAGUCCUCAGAGGCAGAAUUCAAGAUCUCCAGGGUAAACAGCAGUGAUGCAGGAGAUUAUUACUGUGAAGCCAACAACAGUCGCCGAAGCUUUGUCAGCAAGGCAGUGGCCAUCACCGUAAAAGUUCCAGUGGCCCGCCCUGUCCUCACACUUGGGGUCCCUGGAGCCCAGACUGUGGUGGGGGACAUGCUAGAGCUUCACUGUGAAGCUCUGGAAGCCUCUCCUCCAAUCCUGUUCCGCUUUUAUUACCAAAAUGUCACUCUGGGGAUCAGCUCAGCCCUUUCUGGAGGAAGAGGGUCCUUCAACUUUUCUGUGACUGCAGAACAUUCUGGAAACUUCUUUUGUGAGGCUGACAACGGCCAGGGGCCCCAGCGCAGUGAUACUCUGGCUCUAAGUGUUAUAGACACAACCAAGAACAGAAGAGUUCCUGUGGCUGCUGGAGUCGCCGGGGGACUGCUCGCCGUGGCUGGCACGGCUGCUGGAGUGCUGCUUUAUUGCUGGUUCUCUAGAAGAGCAGGGGGAAAGUCUGCCUCUGGUGACUCCAGGAACCCUUCAUAUUCAGAAUCCCAGGAGCCCACCUAUUACAACGUACCAGCCUGUAUAGAACUGCAGCCAGUAUACAGCAAUGACCCUAAAGGAGAAGUGAUUUACACAGAAGUACGGUGCGCCCUACAGAGAUGUAAGCAUGCAGUUCAAAAGUCUCAAAGACCAAGACCAAGAAACCAGAUGGCUGAAUGAAAAAUAAAGACAGGUCUGCUCGAAGUGGUCACAAAUACAGUGAGUCUGCGACACCUGUGGCUCCCCCUGAGGGCCUGCCAGCUCUGCUCUUACCCUGAUGCUGUGGUCUCUUGGAGUCUCCUGUUAUCUACUCUCAGGUGAAGCUGGCAAGUACCCUGGCUCCUGGGAUGCAGAAGUCAACAACCUUCUCAGCACUCAGAUGAGUUCACAAAUCUCCCAGCUCCUGCCUCCACAGUGCAGCCCAGCAUUCUCCGUGGGAGAGAGGGCACACUGCAGUGGACCGCAGUGCAUCCUGAGCUCUGUGCACCAAGUGGCCAGGACUCGGAGCCCUACUGGAUUCCCACCUGUCACUAGACCAAGUACUGCACAUGGUAUUUUUUCAAUCUAGUGUUAUUUUUUUUUUUUUUAGCUAGUGAUAGCUGCUCUUGACCCAGGGAAAGUCAUAUGUACUGGCUUCCUCAAUGAGCUUCAGUUUCGAUGGCUGUUGCUUCUCCUCGAUUAGAACUGUUUGACUGUACUGCUCUACCAAGUGGGAAGCAAUGGACAAUGGACUCAUGAUGAACUCUUUACAGCAGAGCUACAUUUCACAAUCUUUUAAUUGUUUAGAACUUAAGAUCUGUACCUGAUAUUGGUGUAACUCCUUUCCCGCUCAAGAGCUAACCACCCAACUCAAAUGAAUACCCCAUACCCUAAGUCUUUCCUAACCUGACAAAGGAACCCCAUAAAGUCCAGAUUAGGAGCACCAAGGACAAGCUAAUGCAUCUUCAGUCAUAGACAGUGCUAUGUAUUUGUAAAUGAAGAAUGACGAAGAAAGCAAUAUUGGACUCUAUGUGCCUCCCAAGAAACUCAGAAUCACCCUGAGUGAGAAUGAGAGAAAAUCUGGGUGGGAAAUCCUGUUCACCAGGAGUUAAGGCUUCAGAUCUCCAUGUGCUUAUGAUCACCCAAGAACCUUCUGGACAUGAAAGAGAUCACCAUCCAGACCUGGGUAGAACCUGAGACUCUUCAUCUCUAAUAAGCUUCCAUACGGUGCUGAUCCUUUAGUCCUGGGAUCAUACUGACAGCUGGGGCUCCAUAGGUCUUGACAGAGACUAAUGAAGCAGAUUUGGCUACCCUCUGACAAACGCCACAGGGCAUGUUCACAAGGAUAACACAUUCAAAGCCCCUGAACCAUCCUCUGGCCAAAACCACUGUGGUGGUUUGAAUAAGGACGCUUGGUCAUCAGGGAGUAGCACCAUUUGAGAGGGAUUAGCAGUUGUGGGUUUGUCGGAGGAAUUAAGUCACCAGGAGUGAUUUGGGGGGAUUCAGAAGCUCAAGCCAUGCCCAGUGAAUCUCUCUUUCUGCUGCUGAUGUAGAACUCUCAGCUAGUUCUUCAGCACCAUAUCUGCCUGCAUGCCACCAUGCUCCCUGCCAUGAUGAUAAUGGACUAAACCUCUGAACUGUAAGC